AUGACUUGGGGCUCACUUAUAUUUUGGCGAUUCAUAUUAGGUAUUGGAAUUGGAGGUUGUCCUGCGUUUGCUAUUAUUACGAGUGAAUUUGCGACGUUAAGAGAAGAGGCAGUGGUGUCUGCCGUCUUUGCCAUGCAAGGUUUCGGAAUUUUGACCGGUGUAGUUUCAGCGGCAACUUUGGAGGCAUACAGGAAUUCCAUAAACAGAGAUCCCAUGUAUAUUGACUGUGUAUGGCGAACAGUUUUAGUACUCGGUGUAAUUCCUGCGGUUACAGGAUUAUAUUUUCGGCUUGCUAUUCCAAAACCGCCACACUUUAUGAUGGAUGUAUUGAACAAUAUCGAAAAAGCAGUUCAUGAUAUUGAUGUCGUAUUAAACUUUGAAGGAUUGAACAUCUUGCAAGCCAUUGGAUUUGGUGAUAGUCAAGACACCUUCUCAACUCUUUGGAAUUUGUCUGUUGGCAACAUCAUCAUCACCAUAUUGGGCACGAUACCAGGAUAUUGGUGUACCGUUUUUUUAAUAGAUAAGUGGGGUCGUAUAAAGAUUCAAUUAAUGGGAUUUGUAAUUCUUACUGUGCUAUUUUUGAUUUGGGGAUUUGGUUAUCGAUUUAUAAAACAAUAUAUGGCAAUAUUCAUUAUAGUAUUCUCAUUAUGUCAGUUAUUUCAAAAUUUUGGACCUAAUGCUACUACAUUUGUCGUGCCAAGUGAAGUUUUUCCUACAAGAUAUCGGUCCACAGGACAUG